CAGCCCCGCCUUCCUCCCCCCUGCGAGCGAGACGUGCGCAUGCUCAGGCACUACUUCGAUCCCUCCACUCUGCCGGGCAACCGGGAGGACGCCAAAAGGAAGAAGGAGGCGACCGGGAGAGUCCGGUACUUGAAGAGGAAGGAGAGAUCCGCGUCCGGGAUCGAGCAUACCGCUUCUCAUGCCGAUGAUGUCCUAUUCAAAGAUUAUAUGCAAAAUUUCGACUGCACCCGUACAAUCGAGCGCCUUAAGAGGACCUCGGAAACGACCAAGGUCGUAUCGUAUCUAGUGUCGGACUCGCAGCGGCUAAAGGAAAAGGCGCUAGAGAGGUACGGGCCAGAUUUACUCGUCGCCUCCACCCAGCCGAACACACAUGUUGCCCAUACGCGGUCCAAAGAUUUAGAGGAACCUGAUAAAAUGAUGAUGGAUCUUGGAUCGGCCGCUGCUGACAUGCUUGGCCUCGCCGAGAACGAUUUUUAUCGUGACGCAGAAUAUCAGCUUUGGUAG